GCCGAAUUUGCUGUCAAAAUUGACAAGUAAAAUACACCGCGUUUCUCAGCCCCGUAUCGGUUUGUUGUGAUAUCUCGUGUUGUACUGGUAUUAUUACAUAAAAGGAAUAAUGUCUGACGGCAGAGACGGAGAUAAGAAGGCUGAUGACAACAGGCUGAAGCCAGCGAUCCGCAGUCACCAGAGAACUCCCUCAGGUUCCCGUGACUUCAAGGAGGCCACCAAGCGAGAUGCCCUCACACGGCUGGAGGUGGAUCUGGAGCGACUCUUGGAGAAGGUCCAUGAGUCCAGGCGGCCACAUGUCGAGAAGGAGUUCAAAGGGUUCAAGAACCUCUUUAGCAGGUUCUUGGCUGAACAGGGCCCCUCAGUAAAUUGGGAUAAGAUUCAGAAGUUGCCAGAGGGCGCUGUGAUCGACUACUCCUCCCUGACCACGCCCACCACGGACAAUGUCCACAUCAUGCUUGAGAAGCUGGUGGUGGUCAAGCUCAAUGGUGGUCUCGGAACGUCCAUGGGAUGCAAAGGCCCCAAGUCCGUCAUUCAAGUCAGAAACGAUUUAACCUUUUUGGAUCUUACUGUACAACAGAUUGAGCACCUGAACAAAACCUACAAAUGCAACGUGCCGCUAGUCCUGAUGAACUCGUUCAACACGGACGAGGACACGCAGAAGGUGAUCCGCAAGUACCAGGGGCUGAAGCUGGAGAUCUACACCUUCAACCAGUCCUGCCACCCUCGCGUCAACAGGGAGUCCCUGCUGCCUAUACCCAGGCACGCUGAUGUCCACGCUGAUAUUGAGUCAUGGUACCCACCUGGUCACGGUGACUUCUACGAGUCCUUCCACAACUCCGGUCUUCUGCAGAAGUUCAUCGGGGAAGGCAGGACCUACUGCUUCAUCAGCAACAUCGACAACUUGGGCGCCACCGUAGACCUGAACAUCUUGAACCUACUCCUCAACCCAGACCCUCAGAAACCCAUCUCAGAGUUCGUUAUGGAGGUGACGGAUAAGACCAGGGCUGAUGUCAAGGGAGGUACCUUAAUCCAGUAUGAGGACAAGCUAAGACUUCUGGAAAUUGCUCAAGUGCCAAAAGAACACGUAGACGACUUUAAGUCCGUCAGUCAGUUCAAGUUCUUCAACACAAAUAACCUGUGGGCGAAAUUGGACGCCAUUCAGAGGGUGGUAGACCAAGGGUCUCUGAACAUGGAGAUCAUUGUGAACAAUAAGCAUUUAGCGGACGGUUUGAACGUCAUACAGCUGGAGACCGCCGUAGGAGCAGCCAUGAAGUGCUUCGAAGGAGGAAUCGGAGUCAACGUCCCAAGGUCACGCUUCUUGCCGGUCAAAAAGACCUCCGACCUUUUACUAGUGAUGUCCAACUUAUACAGUUUGUCCCACGGCUCGCUAGUGAUGUCCCCACAGCGAAUGUUCCCAUCGACUCCGUUGGUGAAGCUGGGUGACAACCAUUUCGCGAAGGUGAAGGAAUUCCUGAACAGAUUCGCGACGAUACCUGAUCUGAUUGAGCUGGACCACCUGACUGUGUCUGGUGACGUCACGUUUGGCAGAGGAGUCUCUUUGAAGGGCACAGUAAUCAUCAUCGCGAACCACGGAGACCGUAUCGACAUCCCGUCAGGAGCGGUUCUGGAGAAUAAGAUCGUGUCUGGAAACCUUCGUAUCCUGGACCAUUAAGUUUAAUAUCAGGUACUGAACACAUCCCGAUUACAUCACAUCACACAAUGAGCUAGUUAAGCUAAGCUCUACCAUUACUCUCGUCAAGAAUAAAAGGUCAGGGCUAUCUGCCCCAUCAAAGACUUGUAUGACAUGUAACUUGGCAUGAUUUUGUCAUGGUGCGAAUACUUUUUCAUACAUUAUGAAAUAAUGAUUAAGUACACAUUCCGCCAGUCACAGAGGGACUCUUCUUCAUUAGAACAGCGGCGUCGCUAGACUAAAUUUGUAUCAAAUUCGCGAGGCCUCUUUACUUCGCAGUGAAAAUAAUUGGUUACUAGUUUUUCGACUUUGACCUUUGCGAAGCCCCCUCAGGCGACCGACGUCGCUGACGCCUAGUACCGCCAAUGCUCAUGAGCAGCGUGCGCAGACGCGGCGAUGUCGCGCUGACUACUCGACGUUCGCGUAUUUUUAGUUAAUAAAGUAAAUAAUGAUAAUAAAAUCUUGCCAAGUUAUCUGCCAACUGGACCUUAUCUAUAGCUAUAGCUCUAUCCUUGUCACACAAUGUAAGAUUAUUCUAGAAUGGAAAUUAUGGUACAGUCAGAAUGGAAUUGCCAUUCCGUGGUAUAGGCUAAAACGUGUAAUGGAAUUCUGAAAUGUAUGUUCAUUGAUAAUCAAAGAUUUUUCAAUCAAAUUCUAGAUGUUUUUAAUGUAUUGUUAUGAAAUUAUGAAUUUCUUUUUGAUUAAUAUUUAUAACUUAAUUUAGAAUGACUUGUUAUUAUGUUUUAUGUUCGGUUUUGAGUCUAAAUUCUAUUUUUUUAUAAUAUAAAAUGUAUAUAAAAAUUGAGUAAGUGUUUUGUAAAAUUUUGUACUUAUUAGAAAAAAAUAUUAGUUUGAUUUUGUGCUUCGUGAUUUAUACACAUUUUUAUUUUUGUAAAAAUCUAUAAUAUUUUAAUUUUUGUGCAAUUUUAUCUAAUUGCAGGGUUGUAUUUUUUUAAAACAAUAUUUAUUUGAUAUAAAUGUUAUAAUUACUUUGUAAAACUUAUUAAUUUAUAAAUUUAUUACAACAUAUUUUAUCAUUAUUUAGCGACAUUUAUACGUCUUAAAUAUAUUAUUGGAAUUUUAUAUAUAAUCGUAAACGACUGUAAGAUUUUUAUAUUACUUUUUUAUAUAAAAAUAAUUAAAUGUUAAUUAAAAAAUCCAAUAAAGAGAAAUUCUACAUUGAAGACCGACAUUACCUAAGGGAUCCACACCCUUAGAUCGAUUAGUUAGAUUAUACAUAUAGUCGAUUGAUGCCAUCGAUUGAAAUUAGUCGACGUUGAUCGAUUGACGUGGUAGCUUUAAUUGAUCAGUCCGAUGGCCAGAUGUUGAUCGUACUAUUAUUACGGAGUCGCAAACUAUCGAUCGACGUCGACCAAUCUAUUCUACCAUCGAUCGAUGGUAUCUAUCGGCUAUCGAUCGACAUCGACUAAUCCAUUCUACCAUCGAUCGACGACCGCUCGAUUGGUAUAAUAAUAUCCUCAUACCCUAUACUUAUCAUGUGUACUACAUUAAUUUAUUAUUUAUUAUUAACCCACAAAAUAGUACGGGUACGGAACUGGAGUCCGUGGGUUAAAUCCUGGUAAAUGUCUUUCCAAUUUUCAAAACAACUAAUUAUUUAUCAAGAAUGUAUGACUUAUUUAACUUAAAACUAUUAUAAUUACACUAUAUCCCAUAUUAGUAUCCGCUAGAUGGCGUUAGUGUUACAAAUAGUCAUGUACGGCCACUCUGAAUAAAAACUCGGCACACUAGGGGAGUUAGAAAUGCGUUGGCGACCUUUUGGGGAUCUAGGGAUGAGAAAAAAAUGAUGGGGGGAGGCUUACGGCUCCGGUAACCUCACUUACACGGCGUGUAACUGUCACUGUGGACUAUGUGUAAAUGUCAAAUGUUUUUCAAUUACAUGGCAUAAGCAUAUAGCUCAAGAGAUUUAAAGCGACACCAGCGCCUCUAGCGGUGAAAAUGUCAAGUUAGUUUUGUAAAAUGUUCUCAAUAUUAUAAUGAUUUUUAAAUACAUUUUAGUGUUAGAAGACAUGCUUACAUACAUACAUACAUAACCUCACGCCUGUCUCCUAUGGGGGUAGGCAGAGUAUAGAACUCCAAUUGCUUAUAGUAACUAGACAUUAUUAUCAAUAGGUUAAUAAACUUUUAAAAUAUCCAUGCAAUAUUUAUUCUCAACGUAACAAUAGUAGAAUAUAAUAAUCAUUCUAAGGUUUUCAAUAAUACACUUUAAAUAUACUGUCAAAACGUUUAUUUUACAAUAAUAUGAUAUAAUGCAAUAUUUGCUUUGAUAAUCAUAGUCAAAAUUUGUUUUUGUCCAUGAUACAUUUGAUAAUAUACCGUAAAACUACGACUAUAAAGUUAAAAUUCCUUCAGUGCAUUGAAACAACAGUGAAUUUGUCAUGUAUCGCAAAUUGAACUUUACAAUAGUUGUAUUACGGUUGAUUUUGCUGUAUAAUUAGAAAACCAAACAUAUAAUAUCGUACAAUUAGAUUAUAGCUGUAUUAGUAUAAGAUUUAGUGCCAUUACCUAUGUAGGUAACCUGUUGUAAUAAAUAUUAUGUUUUAUUCAACAA